GUCACUUCCUUUUAACGUCUGUGAAACUGAACAGCUGUAAGGGGGCGGAGUGUCAGGUGACGUCAGUUCCGGUGAUCGGUGAUGGCGGAGGAGGAUCAGGAAGAAGGGUCGCUGUGUCAGGAGCUGCAAGUCUUGCAGUCCAUCUAUCUGGAGGAAUUGGAGAUCUCUCGGGAGGACAGGGUGGAGCUGAGGAUCACCUUACAUCCUGCGACCGGAGAUGACGCUGAAAUCCAAUAUGUCCGCCUCACCCUGCAUCUGUCCCUCCCCCCUCAGUACCCCGAUGACCCGCCUGACAUCCGCGUGAGCAAUCCUCGGGGGCUGUGUGAUGAGCAGAUUCACAGCAUCACGGACAUGUUACGAAGGACGGCGGUGGAGUCUGUGGGCGGUCCCCUUCUCUACGAACUGAUUGAGAAAGGGAAGGAGAUGCUGACGGCCAGUAAUAUUCCUCGGGGUCACUGUGUCAUCUGCCUGUACGGCUUCCAGGAAGGAGAUUCCCUCACCAAGACGCCGUGCUUCCAUCAUUUCCAUACCCACUGCCUGGGGAGACUCGCCAAGCACUGCCUGGAGGAGGAGCCUGAACAGGAUUCGGUCGUUUUGUGUCCCGUUUGUCGGGAAAAUCUCACCUGCGACUUUAACAAACUUGAAGAAGCCCCGCCCCCUCAGCACCCAGAGGAGCGGUACGUCCCGGACUCUGGCACCGUACAGAGGGAGGCGGAUCUGCGGCGGAUCUACGAGCGGCAGAUGGUGAAUGGAGGAAUUAUUGACGUGGAGGCGGAGAGGAAUCGUUUCUUCAUCAGUAUUCAGGAGGCCCCUCCCUCUGAUGACGCCAUCUUUGUACCGGACGAAACACAAGACUCCGCCCAUCAGACCAAGCCCACGUCAUGCCAAGAACAGGCUCCGCCCCUGGUUACCUCCAAGCAUCAGGUUUUCGCCGGUGAUCACAGUGGUGCGGGACUCCGAGCCAAAGCCCAGCCAAUGCAGAGGGAUUACCGAGAGGGCCAGCACUGGAGGGGGGGUGGGAGAGGCUGGACUGGCCGGCCACGAUUGGAUAACAGAAGAGGAUGGAGGGAUGAGGGGGGACACAGAGACUUCCAACCACAGACUAGGGGGAGGGGCAAGACCCGAGGUUUCCAUAGCAACAGGACAGAGCGGCCGCAUCUGCGGGGAGCCAGUGACAAUGGGCUGGAAGAGAAAGGCGCCCUCUAGUGGCUGCAAGCAAGAGGACAGCGACUUUGCACUCCAUUGUUUACAUGUGACUGGAUCACGUGACACGGCGUCUGCUGAUUGGACAGGCUUCUGAUCCAUAAUAAAAUCAUUAUACUUGUG